GUGUAAAUGAAAAUAAAAUAAAAAAGUUCCAGGCUCAGUGGUCCUCCAUAAAACAGAAAGCAACAUGCCAAACCUUUUCUGGAGGGAGACUAAUUUAGAAGCAUUUUAAUGUUUCUUUCUGUGAAAAGAUGUUUUGUACCACACAGGAAUUAAGGUAAAAUGUGUUAUGUGUGCUCUGCAUUUUAACAAAGCUGCAGGGACUUUGGCACUCAUUAACUAAAGCCUGACAUUGUGUGAGUCUACAAUGCUUAGUUGAUGUCAUGUGAUGCCCCAGUGCCCCAGCGCACUAUUUCCUCUCACAGGUUAGUGUCCUCUCGGUUUAUCAGCUCAGAGAAAUCACCUCUGGGGCUCAUGACAGACUCCAACAAAAAGGGAGAAGAACAGGCUACAGCACAGAAAAGUUGUGUGGAAGAGGUUUUAGCAUGGGAAACUCUGGCUCCAGCCCAGUGCCUUUGGACCUCAGAGGCUAGUGGAUCAGUGCAGCUGAGAAUAGAUGACCUCUGUCCACAGGAGCCAAUCACUGUGCAUCAGAUGUUUAUGAACUCAGUUCAGAAAUAUGCCAAUUUGUUUGCCUUGGCAACUAAAAGAAAAGGCAAAUGGGAAAAGAUUACAUUCUCUGACUAUUACCAGUGCUGUCGGAUGGCUGCUAAGAACUUUCUGAAGUUAGGGCUGGAACGUUUCCACAGUGUGGCCAUUUUGGGCUUCAAUUCAGCAGAGUGGUUCUUUUCUGCCGUAGGAGCUGUUUUUGCAGGGGGUAUAAUGACAGGGAUCUAUGCCACAAAUUCUCCUGAAGCUUGUCAUUAUGUGGCAAGUAACUCAAGAGCAAAUAUUAUUGUAGUGGAAAAUCAAACUCAGCUGGAUAAAAUUUUGCAGAUAAAAGAUAAACUGCCACAUUUGAAAGCCAUUGUGCAAUAUUGUGGACCCUUGCUGGAGAAACUGUCCAAUCUGUAUUCAUGGGAGGAGUUCAUGAGUCUGGGCCUGGAGAUUACAGACAAAACCCUUGAUGACAUCAUCAAUAGUCAGAAAGCCAAUCAAUGUUGUGUGCUUAUCUACACUUCAGGAACCACAGGCAUGCCGAAGGGAGUGAUGCUCAGCCAUGACAAUAUCACAUGGACGUCUCACCACGCGAGCAGGGCUGGAGAUGUGCAGCCUGCUGAGAUAAAACAAGAAUCCAUAGUGAGCUACCUCCCCCUCAGCCAUAUUGCUGCUCAGAUCUAUGACCUGUGGACAGGGAUUCAGUGGGGCGAGAUGGUCUAUUUUGCACAGCCUGAUGCUUUGAAGGGCAGCUUGAUCGAGACUUUGAAAGAGAUCAACCCUUCAUCCCAUAUGGGAGUCCCUCGUGUUUGGGAAAAAAUAAUGGAGAAAAUAAAGGCAACAGUCUCACACUGUGCAUAUAUAAAAAAGAAACUGCUGACCUGGGCCAUGUCUGUUGGUAUGGAGGCUAAUCAAAGGGAUGAGGAGAAGUCGGUUCUCUUCACCUUAGCAGAUGUGCUGGUCCUGGAAAAACUUCGUGCCGAUCUGGGUUUCUCUUGUUGUGAGAAGUUCUUCUCUGGUGCAGCUCCUCUCGGAAAUGAUACUGUCAAGUUCUUCCUUGGCCUCAACAUUAGGUUAUAUGAGGCGUAUGGCAUGAGUGAAAGUAGUGGACCUCAUUUUAUGUCUGGUCCAAAUGUUUACAAGCAGUCAAGUUGUGGCAAGGUGGUUCCUGGCUGCAGCUAUAAAUUAGUGAACAUAGAUUCUGAUGGUAUUGGGGAGGUGUGCUUUUGGGGUCGGAAUGUCUUUAUGGGGUAUCUCAACAUGGAGGACAAAACCAAGGAAACCUUGGAUGAGGAUGGCUGGCUGCAUUCUGGAGACUUGGGCAAAACAGAUGAAGAUGAUUUCCUUUACAUUGCUGGAAGGAUAAAAGAGUUGAUAAUAACUGCUGGUGGAGAGAAUGUCCCUCCACUUCCUAUAGAGGAUGCUGUGAAAAAGGAGCUGCCUAUAAUCAGUAAUGCCAUGCUAAUUGGGGACAAGAGGAAGUUUCUCUCAAUGUUGCUCACACUUAAGUGCGUCACCAGUGCUGAAACCAUGGAGCCCACCGAUGACCUUAGCUAUGACACUGUGGAAUACUUUCAGCAACGUGGCAUCCAGGCAACAAAGGUUUCCGAUGUAAUUGGACGGAAAGAUCAAGUAGUGAACCAGGUCAUUCAGGAGGGCAUUGACCGGGUCAAUGCGAAGGCCAGCUCCAAUGCCCAGCAUAUUCAGAAAUGGACAAUUAUAGGGAAAGACUUCUCAGUCUGUGGAGGAGAGCUAGGCCCAACAAUGAAACUGCGACGACCGUUUGUCCUGAAGAUGUACCACAACGAAAUAGAAAAUUUCUACAGAGAAUGA